AUGGCCGACAUCCCCGUGCAGACCCUUUACAGGGACCCCCAGCUGUUCUACUGGAUCCUGAUGCCCAUCUCUAUUGUCAUGAUACUCACGGGUGUUCUGCGCCAUUAUGCCACCGUUCUCAUGGCCACGGCCCCUAAAAAGCUCGAUUUCAAGGCCAUGCGUGAGCAGCGAUCCCUCGGUCGCGGUGUCUUUCUACGCACCAACCACCACGUCCUUUCGCAGUCUUCGUUCGAGACCCGUCGCGAUUAUCUCACCACUGGUUACGAAUUAGGGGUCUUCCUUAAGGAUCCAGAGAGCAGGGGCCAGCCGCCUGCGAACCCGAUGACGGAUCCGUCUGCCAUGGAUGGCAUGAUGGGCAUGAUGAAAAACAACAUGGCUAUGAUCAUCCCCAACACGCUCAUCAUGAGCUGGAUCAAUGCCUUUUUUAGCGGAUACGUCAUUAUGAAACUGCCCUUCCCCCUCACCAUCAAGUUCAAGAGCAUGCUCCAGGCCGGCGUUCAGACCAAGGACAUGGACCCCCGUUGGAUGUCUAGCAUCAGCUGGUACUUCCUCUGCAUCUUUGGCCUUCAGUUUGUCUACGUCUUCCUCCUCGGUAGUGACAACGCUGCCAGCCAGCUCAACCAACAGAUGCAGGCGCAGCAGAUGCCCAAUCCUAUGGCCGCUGGCCCCGGUCAGGACCCGGACAAGCAGUUCAAGGCUGAAGCCGAGAACUUGGCUGUCGUGGAGCACUACUCGGUCCUAGAUGAUGUCGAGGACCGUCUCCUUGAAACACUCAAUUCGUAG